AUCAGGAAUCCUUUUUCUUUUUUUGUGGUGCAACGGAUGACGACUGAAAUCUGCGUGAAUCAAGUGGAAUUAUAUUUCUGUGGCAAUGUUGUUGGUAUGUGUUGUCCUGUUUCUCAUUGGCUUCAGGGAGCCCUGGAAUAACUCAGAUGUUUCUGCGGUUCUGCACGGAGGAUUGGCAUCUCAGGGGUUUAUCAGAUCUGUAAGUGAUGCUAACCUGAUGUUUGAGUUCUUAUGGAGAGGACUGGAGAUUGAUGGCGACAAUAAUGUUGUCAUGCGGGAUCAAGAAAUAGCAUCUAUGCGACAAGGGCGAGCUUUCUUAUCUCUUAUAAACGACAGUAUUCCAAAGACUGUGUCUGCAAUGGAGAAGUUACUAGCUAUGCUGGAAGAGCAAGACAACUCUUUCACUCAGGCCCGGUUUGAGACCCUCAUCCUCGGGACGAUCUAUUCAGCCUACCAGGCCCGAAACCAGAGGCUGGAGUCAGAGCAGCAGGCCUGGACUGAUAUUCUUGGUCGCCUUGCAAAUGCUACUUUCAUUCAGCUACGCAAGUCUUAACUAACAAUAAACAUACCAGUUAUUCACGUAA